CAAAUAGCACAAUACCGGUAUGUGUGGCUGACGCGUGGCGCGUCAGUGGCAAGCUGGGCCGCGGCUGCAGUGUUCAUAGCGACGAGUCGAGGGAGUGCGCCUCAACGCACCUGCCGCCACACCGAAGCACAGCUGCCACGGAUUGUCGCGCCGGGACCUCAUAAUGACCGUCAAUAAGAUAAUGGUUACUGCCGGCAUCUGCACACUGCUACAAGCCGUGGGCCAAAUGAUAUUUUCGGCGCUAGCAGUGGCCCAACACUUCUGCGUAGUCGAUUUCCUUAGAGAAAUACCGCUUUUGCUGUACGUAAGGAUUUUAUAUUUUCACAAUCCGGACAAUUGCGGAGUGCGCAUUAACAUAGGUCAGUCCAUCGACGGAAUCGCGAAUCAAGCUUUUGUUCUCCUGACUGAAGAGCCGCUAACUGCAUUUCGGACGUUCAUUAUAAACAGCAUUAGUCUCGGUUUAAGUGUUCUAUGGAUCAUCACAAGCGCAAUUGUUAUGAUGGGUGGGGCCAAGAACAACCCGUCGCGAUACUUACGCUGGCCCUGGAUCACUGUCACAGUCGCCGUAUGCGCUUUGGAUCUAAUAGCCACUGUAACCUACUGCAACGAUUCAUUCUAUACUAGAACGUUAUCCGACAUAAUGGAGUAUAUAGGCGGUACGGCUAGUGGCAUCGCUGGGGUCAAUCUGAACACUUCGUGGGCCUCGUGGUUAAUGGUGAUCCUUUACUCUAGAUUCAUCGUAUUGUUUCUGCUCAAUUUAUUCUUCAUAGUGUUGAUGAUUGUAGACAACGGUGCCAAAAAGGAAAGCGAUAAUGUUGCUCGACUUGAAACGUCAACAGCGGUAAAGCCAGAACCAUCGGUGGAGGUACCCGCUCCUGUCCGAACUCUCAUCACCGUUCCAACACAAACGAGCACCGACUCCACUAGUGACAAAGAUAUAGAGGGAAGCGUACCGAGCGAGACGAGUGUAACAAGAAUACCGCGCCCAGGCAUCAGUCAGUCGUUUCGACGCAUGAAGACACUGCUAUUCAAAAGAUUAGUUCGCAGCCACUCACAUCCGGAUUCGCUGGAAGCUUCUGAAAGGUUUCCUCGCGUACCGCAGGCGGAACAGGCUGAACAGGCGGAUAUCGAUAAGAAACGCGGAGUUAACUUUCCUGAGAACUUGUUGUCACUGCCACAACGUCUAGAGAACAUGAUAGCCGAACAACAAAGACGACUAGACAAGGCUAUCAUAGACACCGCCGGUAGACAGAGUCCGCCGCGCGCAUCGCAGUCCAUGCCGCAGCUCGCGACUAGCUCCAGCCACCCGGAUCUAUCGAAAGGACGUCGUGGCACCACCGUAGAGCUGCAGGGACAGCUGCCGUGGGCGUACAUCCCUGCGUCUGCGCACCGUAUGCGCGACCAGUUGCCGCCAGACGAGGACCUGCCGCCCGUGCCGCUGCCAGACUACUCCGCCAUACCAUCCUUCAGGAAGGCUUCCGUUCACCGAGCAGCGUCCAGUCUUAGUUCGUUGACCCAGAAAAAAGAUUACGCAUUAUCCCCAAAUUCGCGUCCGACACUAACUCAGUCUGAUGUAUUGUACUAGAGUCCAUGGGGCCCGUGAAGCCAGCCAAGUUCAAGGCGGGAUCCAACCUGCAACUGUUGCCCAUAUUUAUUGAAUCUAAUUGACACGCUCCUUGCAAUAAAUAUAGGUAACUUCGUAUAUUAAGCCUAAAUGACAUUAGGAACAAUAAUGUUACAGUUGAACGUGUAAUCGAAUUGUACUGCAAAUAUCAUUGUUGUUACUAUUAAUUUGUAAAUAUUUUUAAUUAUUUUAUAGAUAAAUUAAGUUCUCAUUUAUGUUCUCGAGCUUGUAUACACCUAUUUGUAAUGAUAUUCUAUGUGUAAAUGCGUAGAAAUGAUAGAGUAUUGGGACAUAUGACAACGUAAUUUAAUGCUAACAAUAAUAUUACUUAUACCUAAUAUCCUGUAAAUCAAACGAUUUAAGUAGAUAAUAGUGAGGCACUCAUACCUAGAGGAUUGGCUACACGUUACGCUGGUAAUUACCGUAAUUCGUAUCCAUGCACUCGCAUAUCUCAUACAUUGUGAGUUAUCGCGAAGUCUAUCGUAGCUACUAGCAGUGUAAGCGUUCUAUUACUUACGUAUGUCCCUGUUGAGAGUCAGUGAAAUAAUAUACGUUAAUAAAUAUUUUACGUAAUUUGUUACUAUUA